CUCAUUACAUUUUACAGACCAGCGAAUGAUUAAAUUUCAUAGGUACGUGAACGUCUUCCAGAAACUAUGGCGACUGUAAAUGAUCCCGUAUUAGUAGUAGCAGCAAUCGAUUUUGGAAGUCAUGGUUCGGGAUAUGCAUUCUCUUUCCGCUAUGAGUUUGCAGCCAAUCCUAUAAAUGUUAACACCCCCUACUGGUCAUCAGAGAGUGGAGGCGAUAUUACAUACAAAGCACCCUCCUCUAUUCUUCUCAACUCAAAGAAGAAAUUUGUUGCCUUUGGUCACGAUGCUGAAGACCAGUACUCAACUAUUUGUGAAAAUAAUGAACAGAAUUCAUGGUACUACUUAAAAGAGUUUAAAAUGAAACUGUAUGAAGCCGUUGUUUUAGGAAAGGAUAUUCGAGAUGAUUUCAAAAUGGAGGAAAUGAAUGGUAAAAAAGUUUCAGCAAAGAGAGUAUUUAGAUUAGCAAUUGAAUUCUUAAAAAAACAUCUGCUUGACCAGUUUAAGAAAAGGAACCUUGGAGUAAAUAAUGAUCUGAUUAAAUGGGUAAUAACGGUCCCAGCUAUUUGGAAUGAUGCAUGUAAACAAUUCAUGAGACAAGCAGCUGAAGGGGCUGGAAUUGCGGGAGAUAAUUUUUGCAUUGUGUAUGAGCCUGAAGCAGCAUCAAUAUAUAUGCGUCUCAUACCUGUAGACAAAUUCGUAGGGGAAAAUCAAACAACUAUACUUAGAUCGUUUGAUCCUGGCAGAAAGAUCAUAGUAGUUGAUGCUGGAGGUGGUACUGUUGAUAUAUCUGCCCAAGAAGUAUUACCUGAUGGUCAUUUAAAGAUAAUUCAUAAAAUAUGUGGAGGUUCCUGGGGUGGUGAAUGGGUCAACCAAGAGUAUCGCAAAUUGCUGAAGAAACUGCUAGGUGGAGAUGUAUUCAUGGAAUUUAAACAAACACAAGGGUUGGAUUAUAAUGAAAUGAUGAGGCAGUUUGAAACGGCAAAGAAAUCCUUCAAAUUAAAUGAAAACUCUGUUAUAUCAACUAGAUUUCCAGCAAACUUAGCAGAGCUUUUGGAAUCGAAGACUGGUUGUGGUAUUUCGAACAUAAUAGAAAAUUCUCGCUUCAAUGGUAAACUUAAAGUGAAAAGAGACAAACUAUUCAUCGAUCGAGAAUUAUUUCAAUCUUUUUACAGUGAUUCCAUUUCAAUGACAAUUAAAGAAAUCAAAGAUAUUUUGAAACAUGACAGAUGUCGUGACGUAUCAGCUGUUAUGUUAGUUGGGGGUUUUUCAGAAUGUCCGAUGUUGCAAAAUGCUGUUAGACAAGCGUUAGAAUUAGAGGUGUUCAUUCCAGUUGAAGGUGGAUUAUCUGUGUUAAAGGGAGCUGUAAUUUAUGGUCAUGAUCCUUCUAUAAUAUCAUCUAGAGUGUGUAAUUAUACAUAUGGCGUCAGUAUAAGCCUUCCUUUCAAGAAAGGAGAGCAUCGAAGGGAAAAAUAUUAUAGAUGGGAUAAUGAAGAAUGGUGUAAACACAUUUUUCAUGUUUAUUUUGUUGAAGGUCAAGACGUUCAUGUGGGGAAUAUAGAUAUGAUUCAGGUUAAUAAUACUUUUGAAAGUGAAGAUUCCAAAAGUAAAAGAACGGAACCUUUUACUGUAGAAAUUUACAUUUCCGAUGACAAAAAGCCAAUGUAUGUAACAGACCAAGGAUGCAAGUUACUUGCAAAAAUUCAUAUCGAUCCCCCAAAUGGAAUUUGGCCUAUUUAUGCCUUUGGAUGGGUAGAACUUGAAAUAGCUGGCACCGAAAUGAUAGGCACUUACGUGAACGCUGAAACAAAGGACCGAAUAUCAACGAAGUUUGAAUUCCUCCCCACAGGUUAUAAAACUUUAAAAGGAGAACGUGAAAGAAUGCGUGAAAUGGAUUGACAGACACUACGAAUAUAUAUAUAAUACGAAAAUAUUGUUAAGAAUACUAGUAAGCAUACUAGAUUAAAAUACGUCUAUUAAUUUAAUUGCUUUAACCUUAGGUUUUGAUUGGUGUUAUUUUAUACAUAUUCCGUGUGUUCUAUCUUCUAUGUAAAGUGUUAUGUGUAGGGCGGCAUGAUUUCUAAUCAGAUUUUAAAGUAGAUUGAGUUUGCUUUCAGUAACUGCAUGCAUUAUUUUAUUCGUUACAAGUAGUUACUUAUUUGCUGUUAUGUGUUAUGUAUUUAACCAAACCAUUAUUUUAGAGUAAAGUACUUUUCCUGUA